AUGGCAUCACCGCCUACCACAAUUAUCGACCAGAAAAGACCACUCAGCUGUGCUGCUAGUCUAUGUCGACAAUCAUCAGCCAUCCGGCUGUGCUAUUAUAACAAUCGCGAGGUUCGAUUCACGAAGACUCACGUAUCCAUGGCGCUCACACGGUCUCAAGAAUGGAUACAUACCAUGCACGUCGCCCGUGGACUUCGAGAUCUUGAUAUUCAUGAGCGCAGCGCUUGA